CACAGCACUUGUGUUUGUCAGACUCAAAUCCGAGGGAGAGGAGCUAGCCGCCAUUUUCUAAGCGUCUCUCCCUAAAACGAGAGAAAAAGCCUCGCGUCGAACCGCCAUCUGGACUACACGUUCCUCGUCGGGAAUCGGAUUUUUCGCCAAAGAACUGCCGCGAAAUCGCCCAGACGUGAAGUAACCCGGAGUAGAAAGGAGCGUUUCUCGGCCUCAGCCUGUUCUCAGUCGCUGUGGCGGCGAGGCGAGCUAGCUGGUCGAGCAAGGUGUAGAUCGGUGAUUCGCCCAUUGCUGAAUCCGGAACGAAGCCGAGCGGCUCUGUGAGAACCGGGCCUCCCUUUUCCCGCAUUCUCACUGCAUCGCUUUUUUUAUUUUUGUGUUUUUUUGGGAUUAAUUGAUGGCAUCGUAGUCGAGGUUUAUUUGUGUGCGUGCGUGUGUUAGCGACCCUUGUUUUUUUCCACUAAAACUGCAGGGGAUUGUUGCCGAAAUUCCCUCGGAUAGUGCAACCUCGUCACGUGGCUGUCCUCAGGUGGGGCAGUAAGCGGGUGGUGUGGAGCAGGCCGCGGUGCCCGUCCCUCUGCACUGCAUGGCUGCGAUGGCGCCCGCUCUCACCGACGCCCCAGCCGAAGCUCACCACAUCCGCUUCAAACUGGCUGCCCCUUCCUCAAGUCUCUCACCGGCCAGUGCAGAGAACAACGGUAACGCCAGCAACAUCCUCAUCCACAGUAGCGGCCCCGCUAAGUGCAAGGCCACCUCCGAAGACUGCCCCCUCGACUUUUGUGGCAGCGACCAGGAACAGCAGCAGCAGCAGCCCCAAACCGACUCUGUGUCCCAGGCCACGGCCCUCGGUAAACGUCAGCCACUGGUGGCUUCUUACCUAUGCUCGGAUGUGACACCUGUCCCUUCAACUAAGGAGUCAAUCAAGCUGCAAGGAGUCCUCAUCAAACAGUCUGUGUUGAAAGGGCACAGGAUACUGCCCAGCUCCCUGCUCAACGGCGGAGGAGACUUCCUCCUGAGGAAGAGGCAGGCGAUUGAACUCUCUGGCGGCCAGCUCAAAAGCCUCAUGAGUGGCAGCACUAACGGGAGCGGCCAGCCCAUGGCACCUGUCAAUGGCUUGGCCAAGAAGCUGGCCACUAUGUCUGGGUCUGGCUGUGUGGUCACAGUGAAUGGUGACAAGCCAUCUGCUGCCACAGACUCUCAGUCCCAGAACCUGCCCAUGGACACCGAGACCUUGACGGCAACCUUAUCAGGGCACAUCCCGGUGAAAGGAACCCUAAAACAGAAGCAUUCCUCUGGGGUUUCUCAAAAUACAGAUGGCAAAACCCUUGAACCGCCAGCGCUCCACCCUGCUGCACUUUCCCCCUUUACCCACGACAACCCUAACCCCACUGAACAAGUCAAUUUGGAGGAGGCCGAUUCACACACGCCUACCAGUCAGUCGCAGGGUUCUGACAGAGAGAGACCAGGUAGCAGCCAGCAGAGCUCCCCGCCUUGUACACCUGCACCACAGCCUCCACUACCCUGUACUUCUUCCUUGGACAGCCUUGAUGCUCAUGUUAGAGAGCGCACCCUCCUCAGCAGCAGCCGCCAAGCUGAGAUUGAAAGCCGGCUGCGACGCCUGCGCAAACGUCUUCAGGUGGUACAGGCUAAACAGGUGGAGCGACACAUUCAACAGCAGCUGGGUGGCUUCUUGGACUCGGCUCUCAGCAGGCUACUAGCUGGUAACCGCAAAUCAGAGACGGCAACCCCUACGGCUGCAUGGAGGACUGGACGCCACUCUUCCAACAGAGACGGCCUGGGUCGCUUCCUGAAAAGCGGCUCCAUGCCCUUGGAGCUGGAGAGGUUGUAUUUGAGUGGAUCAGCCAACCUUCAUUCGGUAGAAAGCGCCUUUGACUCAGACGUAACAGAAAGUAGCUCUGGAGGUGACUCUGACCUGGAGGAGGAGGAGCUGUCCAGAGUGGACAUUGAGCAGCGACAUGUCAAAAUAUGGAAGCGGGCAGAGAGCCGCUACACCGUGGAGAGAGCUGCCAUCAUCAGCCACUGGAACUGGCUCCAGGCCCACAUCUCGGACUUGGAGUACCGCAUCCGACAACAGACCGACAUCUACAGACAGAUCCGAGCCAGCAAGGGCUCUGUGGACUUGGGAGGUAUUGCCCCUAACGCUCUGCUUUCUGGCGGGACAGAGGUGAAGCCAGAGCUUGUAAAUACUCAGGACAUCGGCUCCGAACGGCUGGAGCACACAGGCCCCGCCCACGUCACCAGCACAGAGCCGGGCCCUUGGAAAGGUCAGAACGGGCAGCCGGUUAACGGCGUCCUCAGCAGGAUGGCAGAGAGUGCAGACUCCAAGCACCAGCAGCCGUCAGCCUACGACAGCACAUGCGUGGCCGCGCGCACGCGACCGCUCGUCAGCUGCAGACGAAGGCGGCUCAUUCAACCCAGCACUGUGCCCAACCUUAAUGGCAAGGCCCAGAGGAGCAGCUGUGUCCAGUGUAACUGCAGGGUUAACCCCAGCUGUGUGAUGUGUGGUGGCUGGCCCACCCCCAGAGAGGACGCUCUGGAGCAGCCCACCCUGGAGCGCCUGUCAAGGCUGGAUCUUGGCGUCCACCCCAUCCUCUCCUUCCCCGACGAUGUUUGUAUAGGCCUACGUCUGCAGCAGGUGAUGAAGAGCCAGUGGCAGACCAAGUCACUGGAGAGAAGCAAACCACUGAAGAAGCUCUCGCUCAAACACAAGCUGUCCUCGUCCAAAGAGAAACACAAGUUCACCAACUCGCUCAUGGCAGUCAGUGCUGCAGGACUGGGUCACUAUAAGAACCGCGCUGAGAAGCCGAGGACAGUGGACGGCAGCAUGGGCGGCGGUGGUGGCGGCGGCGGCAGCAGCGGCGGCGGCGGCGUACUGAGCACAGCCCGGCUGGAAGGCCAGGCCGUGUGCAAGACCGACCGGCUGCAGGGGCUCUCCACGCCGUUAGGCCCGUACGACAAGAACUACAGCCGCAAGAGAUUAAGAGAGCACUCGCUGGACAGAUCCGACUCAUCCCCUAAACUCUUCCUGGACUCGAGCAGCUCCUGCCCGACUCUGGCCAACAUGCACUCGUCCCUCCACAGCCCUCUCACUCGCCAGCUGUCCACGUCCUCAGAGAACUCCACACCGCUGGGCUCCGGCAGCCAGGGCGUCCCGAGCACACCUCAGCAGCCAAUCAAGAGGCGGCGAGGCGAAAGCUCCUUCGACAUCAACAACAUCGUGAUCCCCAUGUCUGUGGCCGCCACCACCAGAGUGGAGAAGCUGCAGUACAAGGAGAUCCUGACACCCAGUUGGCGAUCUGUGGACAUCUUCUCACAGCCCAUAACUGAAGAGGAGAACGAACGGGAGGUGGAGGACCUCACAGACGCCGCCUUCGUCCUGCUCCAUCAGCCCUACGAGGACCAGGAGCGGUCCCGCUGGUCUUGGAUGGCUCUGGCUCCGGCUAAGAGGAGAGGCAGCAGGUCGUACAAAUCCAUCGACGGUCGGACCACGCCCCUGCUGUGCGGGACAAACCCUCCGACCCCUCAGCCCGCGUCCCCAGACCCGGGCCACUGCCCCAUGCUCCACGACUACAGCCACGUGCCGUCGCCCAUGAGUCCAGCCAGCCCCGACACCACCUCCAACCCCCACACACCCUGCUCCAGGGACUCCCACCGACUGCUGUCCAGCGAGGACACGCGGUGCUCAACGCCGGACUUCACCUUCGAAGAACGGACGGUGGCGCCGUGGGAGCGCCGCAGCUUCCCCCUGCCAGAAGACCCCGCCCCGGAGCCGGAGGCCGAGACCGACCUCCACAUCAGGCCCAGAAUGCGCAGCAUCUCAGGUUGUCGAGCGACGGCCUACGGACGCCUGGAUUCGGACGACGCGGAGCCGCCGUGCGACGACGACGCCUCCGGAGGCCACAAACACAAGGCCUCCGCCCACCGAUGAACCCCCCCCCACUCCCACUCCCACACCCACAGACACACACAGCUCCUCUCUGGCAUUAACAAGCAGAACCUCUACGCAGAAUAAGGUAUUAAAUGGGUUCCUGUUGUUUGAUAUUCAAACAUCAGUCUAAUACUUUUCACAGUUUUUAGUGAACAUUUAUGGAGAUAGAAGCCUUUCCCUACACUUGUUUUUUGUCACAGGAAAAAAAAAUAAAAACAUUAAAUGUAAAACAAACAAAAAAAGUAUAAAACAACACGAUAGGGGAAAAAAAAGGAUUUGUGUAGUAGGCUAAACAAUGUACAUGGGGGCUUAGUGGUGUUUCAUAUGUCGCGUGUACACUCGUAGCGCACUAUGUAGCGGACUCCUCAAAAUAUGGCCAAAGGGUGUUUUCUAUAGUUUGCUUGUAAUUCCCAUGUACAUUUUUAGUGGAGUGACAAAUAACAAAACAAGAAAAAAUACCCCACCUGACUCCUCCUUCUACACCCACCCAACCCCCAUCCAAAUAAACAGGUACAUUUGAGAUGUGGUUCCCCCUCCUCCCUCUAGAGGUCGCCUGAAAUCACCAGAGCACUUCUCCGACUGCCAAGUCCGGUUUUGUUGGUUUGCUUUAUUUGUUUGUUUUGUUUUUUUUUUUUCCAUUCCUGACAUGUCUUUUUUUCUGUUUGUCUGUUUUAUCCGUCUGUUCCAGCGUGACACAUUCUUCAUUUCUGUUUCUUUUCUUUUCUUUUUUUUUUUUUUUAAUUAAUAGUCAAUCAUUCCUUUACGAGCUCCCGUCUCGCCUCCCAGUCUCCUCCUCAGUUAGGAUUCAGGUUCACAGAAGGCGACAGACGACCGAGCGGGGCGUUUCUUUUAGCACUUGCCCGACAGAAAGCGCUGCUGCUGCUGCUGCAUGCUGGUGGGGAAAAAAAAAACGAAUUUAAAAAAAUAUAUAUAUAAACAACAGCACAAAGAAAGACUGAAAACAGCUGAUUUCACGUUGGAAAAUAAAAACCCAAACAUUUCAGAUGUAGCAGCUCGAUGCCACCCUGAGCUCAGGUUCUUCAAGGGAAUAUUUUUCUGCUGUUCAGUAGUUUCACUUCCUGACUGGAUUCUGUUUUACACCAUCUCUGCCCCCCCAAACCCACCUCCACCACCCUCCUCCACCUUCAGUAACUAAUCGCUAUGCAAAAAAAUCUAUGGUUGUUUUCAUUUACAUCUUUUUAUGCCACAGCUGUUCGGUCACUGUUAAAUAUUUUUUUGUUUGUUUUCUUUUGUAGUUAAAGCAAGAUGUCAAUGUACCUGUUCGAUUGUUGCAGCAGUUAACCUAAUCAAUCGUUCUUUCUUUUUGUAAAUAGUACCAUUAAAAACAUUUAUGUUUAACUUGGA